AGUUGGUUGCGCUGAUGAUCCGCGGGGUCGACCGCCCAGCGGAGCUGGAGCCCGCGCCCGAGCCUGGACUGCAGCCCUCGUUGCAGUGUCGGAGUUGCUCAUGCACUGGUCCAGCAUCCGGCUACGACCGCAUCCGCUCCAACGGUCUCUGCCGUGCCUGCGACGCCAGAGUACGGCGCGACAAUAAGGCGGCCAAGAAGAGUGCUGACGCCCUUCUGCGCCGGUCAAAGCCUCCUCCGUCGCCACCUCCAUUGCCACGAGAAGAUCAACCUGCAGCGUUACCCCUGGCAUCACCGUGGAUUGAGCAACCCGCGACAGCGCCGCCACGGGUCUUGGAGACGAGCUUGAAGCUCUGCAACAGCGUUCGAAGCGACCUGCCGCCUGAUGCAUCGAUCGAGCUCUACCAGCCGCUUGCGUUCGCCAUGGGACGCUACCGCGCUCGCGACUGCCCCAUCGUGCUGGCCGCGGGCUCCAUCGGCGACGCGUGCAGCAAGUGCACGUCCAAGCGCUCCAACUUUGCGCGCGAUGCGCGUCGGCUUGGCCUCACAUCUGCCAAAGCUGCUGACGAAGACGACACCAAUGCGUGGGUGCUCACCAAGAUCAGCGCGCUCUUGCCAGCACUGCGCACAGGACCGCUGAACGACAUGCAGCAUGCCAAGAUGCUACAGUUCGCCCGCAUUGUCGACGCGCGCCAGCUUCCGCUCAACGACGACGGCGUCGUGGACAGGAAAAAGUCUUCUUCUGCCCGGGCAUCUCGAUCGACGACGUCGGCAUGA